AGCUGGUUUGAACGGGGCAGUGGUGGUGAAAACUCCGCUCCCGGGUCCAGGUCCCUCCCUCUCUACCUCUGUCCGCUGGUCAGGCUGCUGCUGCUGCUCUCCCUGCCCCGCUGCACACCUCCAAGAACCAACCAUGUCCGACAAACUGCAAUACAAAGUUGCCGACAUCAGCCUGGCUGAAUGGGGGCGCAAGGCCAUCGACAUCGCCGAGAACGAGAUGCCCGGCCUGAUGAAGAUGAGGGAGCUGUACGGCGAGUCCAAGCCCCUGAAGGGAGCUCGUAUCGCCGGCUGCCUCCACAUGACCCUGCAGACCGCCGUGCUCAUCGAGACCCUCACCGCUCUGGGGGCCGAGGUGCAGUGGUCCAGCUGUAACAUCUUCUCCACUCAGGACCACGCUGCAGCUGCCAUCGCCAAAUCUGGAGUCCCAGUUUACGCGUGGAAAGGAGAGACCGAUGAGGAGUACGUGUGGUGCAUUGAGCAGACCAUUUACUUCAGGGAUGGGCAGCCCCUCAACAUGAUCCUGGACGACGGAGGAGACCUCACCAACCUGGUGCACACCAAGUACCAACAACUACUCCCAGGAAUCCGUGGCGUGUCUGAGGAGACCACGACCGGAGUCCACAACCUGUACAAGAUGAUGAAGACCGGAGACCUGAAGAUCCCGGCCAUCAACGUCAACGACUCCGUGACCAAGAGUAAGUUUGAUAACCUGUACGGCUGUCGCGAGUCCCUGAUCGACGGCAUCAAGAGGGCCACAGACGUCAUGAUCGCCGGGAAGGUCGCCGUGGUAGCCGGGUACGGAGACGUGGGCAAAGGCUGCGUGCAGGCCCUCAGGGGGUUCGGCGCCAGGGUCAUCGUCACCGAGAUCGACCCCAUCAACGCUCUGCAGGCCGCCAUGGAGGGUUAUGAGGUGACCACAAUGGAUGAGGCCUGCAAAGAGGGAAACAUUUUUGUGACCACCACCGGCUGUGAAGACAUCAUCCUGGGACAUCAUUUCGAGCAGAUGAAGGACGACUCCAUCGUGUGCAACAUCGGACACUUCGACUGCGAGAUCGACGUGAGCUGGCUCAACAAGAACGCCGCCGAGAAGAUCAACGUCAAGCCACAGGUGGACCGUUACCGUCUGAAAAACGGCCGUCACGUCAUCAUCCUGGCCGAGGGUCGCCUGGUGAACCUGGGCUGUGCCAUGGGCCACCCGUCCUUCGUCAUGAGCAACUCCUUCACCAACCAGGUUCUGGCUCAGAUCGAGUUGUGGACAAACACCGACAAAUAUCCUAUCGGCGUUUACUUCCUGCCCAAGAGGCUGGACGAGCAGGUAGCGGCAGCCCACCUGGACAAACUGGGCGUGAAGCUCACCAAGCUGACAGAGAAACAGGCCAAAUACCUGGGACUGCCCAAAGAGGGACCCUUCAAACCAGACCACUACCGCUACUGAGCUCCCCCCUCCACCACCCGCGGAAACGACCAGAACGACCAUCAGCCAGAGGAGAGGGACAGGAGACAGGUGAGGCAGGGUCAGACAGGGACACGGCGACAGGGGCAGAGCAAAAAAAAAGAAAAAAAUGAAAACGUUAACGGUCUUAAAUUAAUACACACAUCAAUCAAUCCUGUUUAUUUUAAGUGUCUUAUUACAUCAUCUACGUUAAGUGCACUUUUCAAGAUGAAAUGUGUAACUUUUGGGAAGGAGAACUCAUGGAAUGUUCCGCAAUAUGGCGUUAAACUACCUUCAUAUCUUCCAUUUAUUCAACAAAAAUGUAUUCUUUACCGUAGACAGAAGGAUCGCCGCUCCACAGCUUCGAUUUUCUAACUUGCGCUCGACAAGUUUAACGGCAUGACAUAGACGACUCAGACUGCGCCGGAAAAGUUACGCAGUGCAGCUUUAAUUUACAGCUGUGUCUUUCUUCUAUUCAAAAAAACUCGCCACAUCUGAAUGACUUUUGAAGUUUUUUGUCCGUAAAUACAAGCCACGGUUUCAUAACUUUGUGUACCUUCUGCCUACGUGGUAACAAAUCUGGACAAUUUAAAUUACCGUUUUUCACUAUAUCAAAUUGCUCUGUCCGUUCACUUCGUCUCCUCCCUCUUCUUCUCUAUAUUUGUCAUUCCCUGAGGAUCUAAGUGAGCUUUUCCAGAGAAUAUUUGGCGGAGUUGUUGCUUCUGAUUUCUCCGGUUUAACAAAAAGAACUUGAAAUUCUCCGAUGAAUUUCAAAACGCCAAAGCUCGGUUUAAUGUGAUUUUAAAAAAGUCUUAUAUUCUGUUUCUUUUUCUUUUUUUCGUUUAUGUAAUUAUUUAAUUUGACUUGAAGGGCCAAAAUUAAGCGCAGUGCCCCUCCUUUUGAAUCUCGUGGAUUAAUCGGAUCAGUGUUGCCGGGUGUGGACGCUAGGGGGCGGUGUGGAGUCGGUUUCAAACGGUUACAGUGGGGUUCAGAAGUGUUAAGAUGAAGCUUGAUGAUGAAAUGUGGAAUAAAAAAGUGUUGAGUUUAA